GGCGUGUGCUGCCGUCUACACGGGUGAUUCGGCGCACGAUCGUUUUGAGUGCAGCGCUAACCACUCUGCGACUAUUCCGCCCGUAGGAUCGCCAAAAAUAUGCAAAAAUAUGAGAAACUCGAGAAAAUAGGAGAAGGCACAUAUGGAACCGUUUUCAAAGCGAAAAACCGAGAAACACACGAAAUCGUCGCCCUGAAAAGAGUACGAUUGGACGAGGACGACGAAGGUGUACCGUCGUCCGCGCUCAGAGAGAUUUGUCUGUUGAAGGAACUGAAACACAAGAAUAUCGUUAGGCUAUACGACGUAUUGCACAGCGACAGGAAACUGAUUUUGGUCUUUGAGCACUGUGAUCAGGAUCUGAAAAAGUACUUCGACAGUUUGAACGGAGAGAUAGACUUGGAUGUAGUCAAAUCCUUUCUGUAUCAGCUGCUACGUGGAUUGGCGUUUUGUCACAGCCGAAAUGUGCUACACAGGGAUCUCAAACCGCAAAAUUUGCUCAUCAACAAGAACGGGGAGUUGAAACUGGCAGACUUCGGACUGGCCAGAGCCUUCGGGAUUCCAGUGAAAUGUUACUCCGCAGAAGUUGUCACGUUAUGGUACCGUCCUCCGGACGUUCUCUUCGGUGCAAAAUUGUACACGACGUCCAUAGACAUGUGGAGCGCCGGAUGUAUAUUCGCUGAACUGGCGAAUGCUGGCAGACCGUUGUUUCCCGGCUCGGACGUUGAGGAUCAACUGAAACGAAUAUUCAAAAUGUUGGGUACGCCAACCGAAGAGACUUGGCCGGACUUUACCACGCUUCCCGACUACAGGCCUUUCCCUCCGUAUCACCCUGGCCAAGGAUUGGCUCACGUUACGCCGAAACUCAAUUCCAGGGGCAGAGACUUAUUACAGAGACUGUUAGUGUGCAAUCCAGCGUUACGAUUAUCGGCGGACGAAGCGAUGACUCACCCUUACUUUAACGAUUUGAACCCUGCCAUAAAAAAUGAUCGUUGCCAGUAGCGCAUUCCAGGUUAACCUAGCCCGAUGAUCGAGACCGUAUAAUAUAUAUACGUACAUGUACAUGCAUACAUGUACACAUAGGACGUAUAUAUAUGUAUACACAUUCACCGCGAGUAGCACAGCGACCAAAAUCACUCCGGUAAAAAUCGUUUGUUAAUAUAUACAUAUAUAUUGCUAUUAUUAUACGCGUAUAUUUCGUAUUCGAUGCGUUGCGUCGCGAGAGCAAACGCACCGGCGAGUCCUGUUUUCUAAGAAUGUCCAAUAGUAACGAAUAAGCUGUCAAUUCGAUCAGUGCCGGUUGCGUACGACGAAGCCAAAAGGGAGCACGCGUACACGAACACUCUACAAGUUCUCGCGUGCCGUUCCUCCACCCGUUCAUUUCGGUGUUUACGUAUUCUUACCGGUACGCAUAACCUCCGUAUCCAUCGGUACCGGUCGUCGAUGAAAGUUGAACGAUCGAUCGGUUACUUAAUUUAUUUAUCGUUUAUGAAACAUCUUACACGUCGAGAAAUGAAAUAAAUAUACAUUCGUUAACGGGGAGCGGGC